GAGGACGCAAUUGGAAUUUAUUUGAUGCUGUGUAAAGCUGGGUUGAUGAUGCUAAAAUACAUCCCUAUGCGUCCUAAUACGCCCUGCCGGGGCGCGGCAUGAUUACCUAUGGCACCACUAAAAUCUCUGGAGCAGCGCUACCCUUUCAUUGACUCUAAUUUUCGGACCUUUUGCGGCGCUCAUGGCAUUUUCUCAGUUGAAGAUUUUCUUCUGUACGACACACACAGUUUGGCUGUUUCAGCAGCACAGCACCCUACUUCAGCAAGACUGAAGCAGGGCAUUACCCAGGUUCUUUCAAGCAUUGAAACACUGCAUCAACCAUGGUUAAAUGGUAUAGAAAUGUUAGAUGAUGUGCAUCAUAAACACAUUCUAUCUACGGGAUGUCAAUGCAUUGACGUUUUCCUUGAAGGUGGAUUCAGAGGGGGGCAUCUCACUGAGCUAGUUGGACCAUCAUCGUCCGGUAAAACACAAGUCUGCCUGUUGAUUGCCACAAAUGUUGCCAAAAGUUCAGGCAAAGUUAUGUUCUUGGACACUAGCAAUUCGUUUUCUCCCAAACGUGUAGCAGAGUUUGUCAAUCAGACUUCAGAUCAUUCUACUCGUAAGGUGAAAAGAACACUUGAACAUAUUAUGAGUAAUAUAGUUUGUUACUCCGUUUUUGACAUCUUUACAAUGUUUGAUGUCAUCCAUGAGCUGAGGAGUACCUUGAGAUCUCUCGGGGUGAAGUUGCUUAUUAUUGAUUCAAUUUCAUCACUUAUCGCUCCAGUUCUUGGAGGGUCUGGUGCACAUGGACAUGCUUUGAUGGUUUCAGCAGGACUUAUGCUAAAACAACUAGCAGAUGAGCAUGACCUUCCUGUUUUGAUAGGUAACCAAUCAUAUGGUAGCUGGAGAAGGAAGCAAUCUGAAACCUGCACUUGGUGAGAGUUGGAAGGGCAUUCCACAUACCAGACUGCUGCUUUCUCGCGACUCUACCAGACACAUUAGCACCAUUUCAGUUAUAAAGCACCCGCAUAUGGCUGCUGGAGAUCGAGUGGAGUUCCAAACACCAUGACAGGUUGUUGCAUGACAGCAAGUCUACCAACACCGAGAUUCAUACUUUCAUGUGCUUAUAAAUCAUACUCCGUAUAUGUUCCGUAUAUGUUCCGUAUAUGUUAGUGUAUGUUUGACGUGCUAGUUCAGCCCCAAAUAUUCCAAAUAUAGGUUCAUGUAAUUACUGUUGGUUUCAGUGACCUGUUUUGCUGUCACUCCUGAAUUGGGCAAAAUCCCCUUUUCUGUUACUUGUGAUUAAAUGAAUAGAUUCUGGGGAGAGUUACUAAAUGAAAGAAUUGCC